CCCUAAUUUGUUUCCUCUCUCUCCUUUUCUGAUUUGAGGUUUUUGCUUCUUAAUUCUCAGUCGCAACAGAACGAAAGAAGAAUAUUGAUUAUGGCAAUGCGAACGAGAUUGGCACUUUGGGUGGCUCGCAAGGUUUGGAAGGGUUUUGCAUUGUGGCUUUCUAUCUGCUUUCUCUUUGCACAGGACAUUGCGCAGUCUCUCAAUACCUUUGUGCCUCCCCCUCUUGUAGACUGGGUGGUUGUGGGGGUGGCAGACCAAAUUGACCACAAGACUGCAGGAAGCAAAAGUGCAUUGAUGAAGGUGGAGGCAACAUUCCUAGGAUUGAAGAUGCUGCAUAAGGCAUACCAAGGGGAGGCAUCUACAGCAAAGGGUAAGGUAAAUGAUUGCGUGGAAGCAUGGGAUUUUGUUGAUAUCAUUGCUGCUGAUUGGCAAGAAAAGGAUGCAGACCAGGAGGGAGGGAAAGGGCUACAAAUGGCAUGAAACCUGAAAGCUGUUGAGAUGAUGCAUCAAUAGAUGGUAUCCACAACGGCAUUGGAACUUCAACACCCAGGAUGGUAUACUCAUUUUUGGAUAAUCCAGAAGCAAACCAUCAUGGGCCUUUGCCUUUGCUUUAGUGGCUGCAAAAUUAGUGUAGGGUUUUGGUUAGAAUGACUUGGAAGAGGUUAAAACAUUUGAACAUGCAAAUUCUUCACAAUAAUUUCAAACUUUUAUA